CCAUAAACCUCCACUGGGACCAAGGAGUGAUCAUUCUGGGGCUGAACUAACAGGCAGAAGUCUCUCCAUGGACAGAAAUGCAACAUUCCCCCUGGUCCCUGGCAAUCACAGCCACUCCAACAGCAGUUGUUCCCGUGACAACAUUUUGAAGACGGUGGUUUUUCCCGUUCUCUACUCCUUCCUCUUCCUGGUGGGGUUGACUCUAAAUGGCCUGGCAGUUUGGGUGUUUUUACGCAUCCCCUCACGGUCUCACUUCAUUAUAUACCUGAAGAAUAUUGUGGUUGCAGAUGUCAUUAUGACGUUCACAUUCCCUUUUAAGGUGUUGUCAGACUCCAACAUGGCAUCCACUGGUCUGCGUGUAUUUGUGUGUCGAGUUUCCUCAGUGCUCUUCUACCUAACCAUGUACAUCAGCAUCCUCUUCUUUGGCCUCAUCAGCAUCGAUCGCUGCAGAAAGACCCUCAAGCCCUUUAGGGGGACAAACGCAGCCAGGUUGACCCGUCGGAAGCUCCUCUCUGGAGCCAUCUGGAUCUUUCUGCUGCUUCUCUGUCUGCCCAAUGUGAUCCUGACAAAUAAAACUCCAACUUCACCGUACUUCAAGUGCAGUGACCUGAAGACCCCCGCUGGCAUCAACUGGCAUGUGGUGGUAAAUCAUGUAUGCCAGGUUAUCUUCUGGUGUAACCUGGUAACUGUAAUAAUAUGUUACACCUUAAUCACCAAAGAGCUGUUUAAAUCCUACUCCCGCACAAAGUCUCAAAGCACUGGAGGGACUAUAUGUAGAGCACCAAGCAGGACUACAACCCGGAAGCCCAACCAAGCAAAAAGAAAAAUGAGUGCAAAUGUAUUUCUAGUUCUGGCAGUGUUUUUUUUGUGCUUUGUGCCGUUUCACUUUGCCCGUGUGCCGUACACCAUGAGCCAGACCCAAGGCCUUCUCUUUGACUGUAAACUCAAACUUUUCUUCUUUCAGUUGAAGGAAAGUACGCUCUUCCUCUCAUCCCUUAACUCUCUUCUGGACCCUGUCAUCUACUUCUUUCUCUGUAAGUCCUUCAGGACAACCUUGUUCAAGACCCUGCAGCUGCCACCUGGAACGUGUAGCUGGCUAACAGGGAAAGGAUCAGACACAGACUCAGGCAGCACUGCCGUGAGAGACUCCUCGGACUGUAUAUAGAGCCACUGGACAUGAUGAAAACUUCAGUAAUGUAUCUGAAUGUGCAGCUUCUGGUGGCAGAUGACACAUUCAAAUCCAGCUUUGUGACUGAACAUCAAAGGACAUACUGCAGCUAAUAUAUUUUCUGCCAUUUUAAUCAACUGUGACUUGUGAUUUUUACUAAAAAACUGUCAAAAUGAAAAACAUAGUUUUGUUGAUUCAUUUCUCUUGU